GUUGUUUUUCUCCAGGAUCAGAUCUGAUCUGGAGCCGCUGCACUGUUGCUUCCACCGCGGCGGACGGCGGACACGUUCACCUGCUAUGGAUUAGAAGAAAACAGGAGAAAACGCGUUUCCUCUCAGGUUUUUUUUUUUUUUGUUUAAAAAAUCGCUGUGAGUUUUUAGAUUUGAAAGGACUUUACUGAUUCUGGACUUGAAUAGAGAAGCGGAGAGAAAUGGCAAGUCCUCCGGCGACGGGAGGACACCUGUUACCUAAUGGGACGAACGCGGUGAAGAAGUGCGGCUACCUGAGGAAGCAGAAACACGGACACAGACGCUUCUUCGUGCUCCGGGAGCCCACGGAGCGCUGCGCUGCCCGGCUGGAGUAUUAUGAAAGCGAGAAGAAAUGGAGGAACAAGUCCGCUGCGAAACGGGUCAUAACUUUGGACACCUGUCUGUGCGUAAACAAGCGCGCCGACGCCAAACACAAGCACCUGAUCGCCCUCUACACCAAGGACGAGUACUUCGCCGUGGCUGCGGACAACGAGCAGGAGCAGGAGAGCUGGUACCGGGUCCUGACGGAUCUAAUAGCCGAGGGCAAAGUGUACGACAGCCCCGCUUCCACGUCCUCCUUGGUGGGCUUCGAGGAGGCCAGCUACGGGCUGCUUUCUCCCGCUACAGCCGUCUAUAAGGAGGUCUGGCAGGUCAACUUGAAAUCCAAAGGCUUGGGUCAGAUCAAGAACCUCACUGGAGUGUACCGGCUGUGUUUGUCCAGCCGGACCAUCAGCUUUGUCAAACUGAACUCUGAAACAGCUGCUGUCAGCUUACAGCUCAUGAACAUCAGAAGAUGUGGACACUCUGACAGCUUCUUCUUCAUCGAGGUGGGCCGGUCAGCGGUCACUGGGCCUGGAGAGUUCUGGAUGCAGGCGGAGGACUCAGUGGUGGCGCAGAACAUCCAUGAGACCAUCCUGGAGGCCAUGAAGGCCAUGAAGGAGCUCUCAGAGUUCAGGCCGAGGAGCAAAAGCCAGUCAGCCAGCACCAAUCCCAUCUCUGUGCCCACCAGACGCAACCUCAACAACCUCCCCCCCAGUCAGACGGGCCUGGUGAGGAGGUCCAGGACAGACAGCAUGGCGGCCACAUCCCCAGGGAGGAAGUUCACAUCCUGUCGGAUCAGAACGGCCAGCGAGGGAGAUGGAAGCGUGACCAGACCGGUGUCCAUGUCCAUAUCUGUGAACGGGAGCCCCACCAGUCCAAACUCUGGGAAUCACCUGAGCAGGUGCAACACCCUCAGCAGUGGACGCACCUGCAGGAUGCUGGAGUCCACCUCCAACCUGCAUCACAGUCGCUCCAUGCCCGUUUCUAACUCCCCUCCUGCUGCCUCCAGCCCCAUCAGCAUGUCUCCCAGAGGGGGGGCCAGCUUCUCCACUCCAGACAAAGCCAGGCGACCCUUCAGCUGCAGCGCCUCCAUCUCCGGCUCCCUCAGCGACACCGGCUUCAUGCUCUGUGAUGAUUACAGCUCCAGCCCAGGUGAACCCAGGUUCCUCCCCCUGACCCGCAGCGACACCCCCGACUCCCUGUCCAGCACCCCUCCAUCCCGGGACACCAGCGACCCCUGCGGUUACAUGAUAAUGGAGGGAGCGAACGGCAGCAGAUCUGGCUAUGAGGGUCUGGCUUUUGAUAAGGCUUACAGGAAGCGAACGCACUCCCUCACCACGCCGCGGCAGCAGAAGGUGGUGGCGCCGCUGUCCUCGGCCUCUCUGGAUGAGUACACGCUAAUGAGGAUGGCUCACGGACAGAACUCCCACUCCGCCUCCCCUAAAGUGUGCUACCCCGAGGAUUAUGGAGACAUAGAGAUCGGUUCGUCCAGGAGCUCCAGCAGUAACCUUGGCGACGACGGCUACAUGCCCAUGACGCCAGGUGUAGCGCCUCAGUCUGGCAAAGCAGACAACUACGUGCCCAUGAGCCCCAUGUGUGUCUCAGCACCCAAGCAGAUUGUGAACCCCAGGGUGCAUUCUCAGGCAGCAGCCAGUGGAGGCUACAAGACCAACUCCCCCUGCAGCAGCUCUCUGGAGGACAACGGCUACAUGAGAAUGUGGUGCGGCUCCAAAUCCUCCAUCGAGAGCCCAGACAGACAUGGUGAAUACAUGAACAUGUCACCUGGAAACCCACCUCCACUCCAGACCCCCCCGGAUUGCUACCUGGGCCUGCUGGCAGGUGAGCCGGCAUCGGUUCGGCCGGCCUACCAGACCGGCUCCCUCACGCUGCCUGCUAAACUUCAGGCCUCCAAGAAUGAAGACAACAGCCAGUAUGUGUUGAUGAGCCCUCAGAGUUUGAGACAGAAGGCAGCGGAGUCGGACUAUUAUUCAGUGAUGCAGCCCAGUGCGGCUCAGACGUCGCCGCUGAGCCCCUCGGUACCCUCCCCGGUCAGACACAGCCGGGCAGAGAGCUUGCCCUACAGGGGGAGGCUGGGCCGGCCCAACAGGCUAUCUCUGGACACUCUGAGAACCCUGCCCAGCAUGAACGAACAUCCCCUCCCCGGAGAGCCCAGGAGCCCCGGGGAGUACAUUAACAUCGACUUCAGUGGCGCCAGGCUGUCCCCUCCCUCCUUCGUCUCCACAGAGAGCCAGUCUUCGUCACUGGGCUCCAGCGGCAGGGGUCCGGAGAGGUCAUCUCUGACAGACUACAUAAACCUGGAGCUGGGCUCACACUCACCCAAGGAGGCCGACACUCCUGCUGAGCGCUUGGACUCGCUCCCAGAGUUGUCCAUGUGCCCCUGCUCAGAGGAUGGAGUGUACCACGUAGAUAGUGAGAAAAGCUCUCAGGGCCGCGGUGAUGAGGUGAAAAACGACUACACUGAGAUGACGUUUGGGAUGACCAGCUCCCCUCCACAGCUCGUUCCUCAGAACAAAGCGAGCAGCCAGGGCAGCAGGGAGCGGAGGCUGUCUCUGGAGGACCAGGGUGUCCCCGAACACAUCGGGGUCUUCCUGCUUGGCGCCGCUGCCUCCUCCACAGUGGACCCCGACUGCUCUGCCAAGGUGAUCCGGGCCAAUCCGCAGGGACGGCGGCGCCACAGCUCCGAAACCUUCUCCUCCACCGCCACCGUCACACCGGUCUUUCCCUCCUUUGCCCGUGGCGACGCUGUGAAGAGGCACAGCUCGGUGGAGAACAUCUCGUCCCGGAGCAGCGAGGGCUCCGACGAAGAGUAUGGCAGCCCGGUGAACCGGCAGAGCUCGGCCGGCUACCCCAACGGACUCAACUACAUUGCCUUGAACCUGCUGGACAACAGGGAUGUGGAGAAAUGUGAGGACCUGGUUGGCUUCAAACCCACCAGCAGCUGCAAAGGGGGUAUCAAUGGAUUACACAGCUCACCAUAUGUCUGUUUGGGAUUCAAGGAGGCUGCAACCACUGCCAAAGACUGAAGGACUCACCUGUCCUCGGAUUUGGCAUCUUGACUGACCUGCUGCUGAAAGAACAAAUCUACUUUGCCCUUCCACAGGGCUGUUUGGCCCUGAAAGACUGUCUGGACCCUCAGCAUCACAAACACACACACACUUCGGAAGCAGACCACCAUCUAUGCAUGUCACGAGUUUGCUGAAGGCAGGACAGGUGUGUUUGUGUGUGUCUGUGUGUGUUGUGUGUGGAUGGGUGUGUUGUGUAUUGGUGCGUCUCAUGUUCCCUGCACUUUUAGAGGCCAUUUCUCCUGUGACCCAAAUUUUGGCACAAGCACAGAAGCAAAGAUAGUCAGAUAAUAACAAAACUCUAAUGGUACCCAGAUACUAUUUAUUUACUUGAGGGUGGUUUUACGACUGCCUGCAUGUGUGCGAGUGUGUGUUUCUGAAAGUAUGACCAACUGGCAUGCCAGUGAACAAUGAAAACUGCUACAGACAUGGCCCAGGGAGGGAGGAAACCAAGGUACACUGAGUAUAUAACUAUAUUUAGAUUAGAUAUUUUAUUUAUUUUUGGAUGAUGAAUGUCUCAUAAGACUUACCCAAUGCCUUAAUGUCUAUACUGUCCUUAUGUUUUCUAUGAAAUAAGCGAUAAAUAUUCUAUUAUGGUAUGUCUGUUUGGACCUACAUCUCUAUAUUGUUAUUCUCUUGUGGAAAGUCAAAUGCCUAGUUUACCAUUAUAAUAUAUUAUUUCAGAAAUGUACAGUACAGUGGGGCUGCUUGAGAUCUGAUCUAUUGUAUUGAUAUUAAAGUAUUUUCUUAAUUACUAAUUUCUUAUUCCUUCUAACCUAGUUUAUUUUUUGUCCAAUCAAAAGCGCUGGACUUAAAGAAAUAUAUUUCUAAAUGUCUUUCAGAGUUAUGCAUGUCUUUAUAACUCAGCUCAGACCCCCCACAUCACCAGGCAUCUGAAUGCACUGUACCUCCCACAGUUCCUCAGUCACUUGAGCCUAAAACCUCACACACUCCUACCUUCAAACCUACGGCCUGCUGUUUUAGCUCGACGCACGCCGCCCUGCUGUGAUAUCAUUUGUACAACUGUCUAGAUGAGGUGGUGGGGGGAGCCAACGAAAAACUGUGGAGGUUAAGGGGCACGGUUGAGACGGUUUCUGUUCAGGGAGUGAGGGGUGAAGUAAAGGGGGAAAGGGGCACUGAGUGGUGGAAAGUGAUGGAAGAGAGUCUUACAGCCGCAUCUGGCACCAUCAUGGAGGUUCACUGCAGAAUCAUCUGUCUGGAAAAUGUAAUUACCGACAGACAGUAUAAAAAUAAGAGCUGGCUGAGGAGAAUUAUGUAAUGUUGUAAAUUAAAGCAAGACUAUGUAACUGUAAUACUGCACAGCUACAUGAUAAACAUUAAAUGCAUGUAGUCUUAGCAGAAGGGAGCAAACAAAUCAGCAAACAGAGCUAACUUGUAUAGCUGUAUCUUAUGAAGUUUGCUUGCAUUAUUUACUCUUAGCUUUUGGCUAACAUUACCUGCUAUUAUUCAGUGUUAGCUUCUGGCUGAUAUUAGCAAACAUUGUCCAAUUUUACCUACUGGCUAACAGCUAACAAUUUUCUGGCUCACAUUAGCUAACAUUAUUCAACAUUAGCUUCUGGCUAGCAUUAGCGAGCAUUAGCUACUGUUUAUACCAGACGAAGUAAAAGAGCAGGAAAACUGUUGACUUUAAUGAACUGAGUAAAAAUUUUUUUGGUAACAUGAACUAGUAAAAAGAAACCUGUUCUUUUAAAACUUUGAUAGCUUCUCAAAGUGAACCUAUGUCCUUUUCAGAAUAAUGAUGCUUUAAAAAGUUAACAAACUCACUCCAUAAUAUCAGUGUGUUAACGUUAGCUGACAUUAGCUUCCAUGAGCUACUUCUGAUACAAAGCCUACAUACAAAAGCUGUGAGCGGAUAUACUUCUGACAAAUCUUUUAUUUGUUCAACGAACAAUGUUUUAUUUCUUCUUUAGAUGUUACAUGGUCUUGUUUUAACAUUUCUGAUCGAUGGGAAAAUGGCAAACAUUAACCAAAAAAUUUAAAUCCUGCUGCUUCCUGUGAGCCUCCAAAAUGGCCAUCAGGGUAAAUUCAUCAUUAGCAUUAUUUGAAAGCUCUCUCCCAACUGUGGUCUUUGCGUCGUCCACUGUGUCGACUCCAACUGGCUCACAACCCCUUUAGUGUACAGUAGAUUGUAAAACUGUCUGAAUGUAUCACUGAGCUGGUGGGAACACCGCAGACAUAAUGUGCAAAUGGUUUUGACAAGAGUUGAAUAAUAAUGGAGCUGUACCAUGCUGAGUCGUGGUAUCUAUUUAUCUUCAGUCUUGAAUGUGUAUAUUAUGUACAUAGAAAGAGUUUAACUAAAAAAAAUCUAUUGAAUAUACAUAGAGGACUUAGAUUUUACCUAUGUUGCAAUGAUAUUCCUGUGUAAAGACUUUGGCUACCGAUUUUUAAAAGGGGGUUUUUGCUUUGGGGUUGUACAGUGUAUUGUAUGCUUUUCUCCCUCACAGUCUCUGUGACUAUAUGAAAAAAUGCUCUCUGUCUAUUUUAUUAUAGAGAUCUCUUUGCCUUGUCAACACACUUUACCUAAUGGCAUAUGCAAUAGUGACAUGAAUAAAAUCUAGUUUACAACUGUGGAACCAAAUGUAACAUUGCAUUGAUUUAUUUUCUCUUUUUGUGAUGAGCAGGAGCUGUUUCGCUCCUUGUACAUUUCUCUUUCUGCCAAGUGUUUUGUUUUUCAUCGCUGGGAUCGUUGUUCUUGACAUGUCUAAAAGCGCUUUCCCCAUUUCUGUGUUCAUGGACGGAUUCUUCUUUACCGACUGAUCUUGGAUUGACUCAGUUUGAAUGUGUUGUUGUCUUCCAUUGUACAUAGUUCAAUAUACUGUUUAUUGUGAUGCUCACAUAAGAGGAUUAUAAUGAUUUAUAAAUUCUGGUAGUUGAGUAUUGCUUUUGUCUGUAUUAAUUAUGGAUAGAAACCUACAGAAAUAAAUGAAUUUAUUUAAAGAGGUA